AUGGCCCACGCAUUCUACAUUCGGAAUCCUUAUCCUGUACCGGAUCUCUCCCGAGAAGGAGCAUGGAUAUCACGUGGACCUGUGUUGGGAGAUAAAGUCUCGCCAUUUGAUAAAAAUUGGAACGUUAAAUUGAGCGCUCACGAACGUCUCUUCGCUCAUCACACUUUAAGCAGCAUCCGCAGGGAUCAUCGAUUCAUCAGAUCGCAGGUUCCACGUGACGCCCUCGAUCUAGCGUUAAACAGCAUUUAUGCUCACAGUCGAGACACUCUAGUUUCGAAGAAGUACGUGCCCAUCCAACCGGAAACGAUCGGCAGAGAAACUUGGCGUGUCUUACGAAACGAGAUUAAGAUUUUACCGGAUCCACCUAAACCAGAUAGACCGAUGCACGUGAGCGGUCAUUCGGACGAGGAACUUAAAUCGGUAGUUCGGACACCUUUACCGUUGGAUAAAUUGAGGUGUUAUAGCGGACCAACUUUACCGCGGAGAAUUCAUCCGUGCAGCGUGAAAUUAAAUAUCGAGGGUCCUCAUAUGGACCAAUCGAAUCCCGGAUACAGUCGCAAAAUCGACGGAACUUUUUACAGUAUUUAA